AUGGAAAACGACCUGAAAUUACACAAGAUACUCCCUUUAAAAAGACCUCCUAUAAAAGAAAUCCGUAGAACUAUUGGUGGUUGGUAUCGCGGAAAAAAAAUGGAUACGCAAUUGAAUCAAGCUGAAAUACAACGAUUAGAAUUAAUAAAAUUAAAGAAACUUGGUCCUGAAUUUACUGAAAAGCAUCCAAAAUCAAUCUAUAUAAGUAGAACAUUUUCAAUGAAAUCACUUAUGAAUUCACUUAAUAUGAAACAAGAAUAUAUUUCGAAGGAACAUGAAUAUGAUAUAAAUACCCAAAGUUCGUCUUUAGUAAAUGAAAGUUCGAAUAUCCAGUAUCAAGACGCAGGCUACGCUAAUUUAUCAUUAAAUGAAUAUACUUCUAAGGAAUUGGAAUUUGAUAUUUCAAGGCAUUAUGUAAAAUCCACAACUCAGAAUGCUUCAAAUACACGGCAUCAAAGUGAAACUUAUAAUAUUCCAUUAAAUUCAUCGAUUUCAUCUGGGAAUUCUUCAAGAAAACGUGAUAUUGAAGAAUCAGAAAUCAACUCUCAAGUUAAGGGAAAACGCGUUAAAACUGGUGAUAGUUUAAUUUCAGAAUAUCUUAAUAUAGACUUUACAGAGUGA